ACCUCUGGCUGAUCUCUAUUUCCUGUCUCAGCUUGACAAUCUGUCUGGGGGCAUAGUAUCCGCCCCGCAGACACACUCCACCAUACACCAGCGUCCCCCGCCCCACACACACACCCGGGUUGCACACCACAUUGCAGCCCGUCUGCACGCCGUCGCCCAGUACGGCGCCCAUCUUCACCAGCGAUGUGUCGAACACAUAGUCACAAUCCUCUCCCGCCGAUGGCUUGAUGCUGAUCGUGACUGUCCUGACGUCAGCAGCUGUCGUGUGCUGCUGUUGUUGUGUGUUGAUGUCCUCGAGGCUCAUCAUGGGCAGGUUGGAGAGCUUGGUGCCCGCACCCAGGUUGACACGCGAGCCGAUGAUCGAGCCGCCGACGUAGUUGAAGUGCGGUGCGUGUGCGUGGGGCAGCAAAAUGGAGUGCUUGCACUCGCUCGAGUGGCCCACGAUGGCGUGCUCACACAUGACCGUGUGGCUCCGGACGUACGCACCAUGACCCACUGUCGCCUGCACACCAGAGAAACACACACACAUGAGCAUGAAGCAUACCGGUCAGUGCACUCGGUCACUUACAUUUGGUCCGAUGUAGCAUGGUCCCUCGAUGUGAGCCGCAGGGAAGACCGUCGCAGUGCGAUGGAUGAAGGCCGGGCCCUUGGACUCAUCCACAGUGUAGCCACACACGUGGCCGCCCUCCCUCUCCCUCUCCUCUUCCCCUUCCUCUCGGCAUCGCUCAAUGGCGGCCGGCAGACGCCCCGCCAAAUGAGUGAGAGGCUCCGUCACCAAUGUGCAGCCGCCGAAGAGCGAUAGGAUGACUCGGCUGUCCGCCUCAUGACCAAUGUUCUCGAUCUCGAAGUAGUGAGAGAUGGCGAGCCUUUCGUUGACAGCCGGCGGCAU